UGGUCACAAAUUUAUUCACAAUUUAAAUUGAAACAUUUAUGAUUAAAAUACACUUGUUGUUGAUUCUAAUAUCUAUAUCUACUAUAUGAUCCAAUGUUUGUGUCGGUGAACGUUGUCGUCAUAGUAGUGAAUGAUGAUGAUAAUGAUGAUGAAAACCAAACCGGAAACGACAACAUCCGUCCUAAAAAAAAAAAAAAUAGUGAUGGCUACUACUUGGUACAUGAAAUAAUUUUUGUUUAAUAGAGGAUUUAACCUGAUGAUUUUCAUUGGUUCGUAGAACAUUUAUUUUGUAUUUUGCCAAAUGUUUACCUAUCGUAGUGGACAAUAUUCUCUGCAACAACAACAUCAGCAUCAUAAUGUUGAUUCGACGGAAAAAAAUAUUGAACAAAUCAUAACGCAUCGAAAUGAUUGUAAUAAUAAUAAUAAUAAUAGUAAUAAUUAUAAUAAUUAUCGUGAAAUCAUUAAAGAAGCAAUUGUUAAUUAUAUUACGAUCGGAUGUGAUGAGCCUGAUGAGCAGAAUUGGGAAAAAUGUCGCUUGGUUUUAGUUCGUACCGAUAAUGAUAUAAUGUUGGAAUUUUUCCCACCAAAUGCCAAAUCGAUGCAGCCUAAAUGUGGAUUGGUGUGCAAUAUGUUGGAUGAAGUAAGAGAAACGAAACCAUUGGAAAUGCCUGAACGACCAUAUACAGCUGUUCUUCGGUUUUCCAAUUUUAUCGAAUAUAUCAUUGAAUUUAAAAAUGCUCAUGAAUUAUUCGAUUGGGUACGCAAGAUACGUGCACAACUUCCGCAAGGAGAUACCAUCAAUAAUGAUGAUGAUGAUGAUCAUAAGGAUUACAGUGUAUCAAAUGAUUAUUUAUAUGAUAUGUUGGAUGCAUAUCCAUGGUUUCAUCGUGAUUUAAGCCGAACAGAAUCAUCUGAACUAGUGUUGAGUGGUGGCGAACAAUGGUCGGGUGUUUUUCUUGUACGACAAAGUCAAACACAUUUUGGUGAAUGUGUUCUCACAUUCAAUUAUUAUGGCCAACAAGCUAAACAUUUUCGUAUCAUAAUCAAAGGGUCGAAAGGCGAAUGUCAAAUCGAACGUUUAUGUUUUCGUUCCAUAAUUGAUCUGUUGCAAUAUUUUCGCCAAUAUCCAAUACCAUUAAGGCAUCAGCCAGAUCAUCAAGAGAAGGAAUUUGUUUUGACUUCUUUCAUUAUAUUUGAAAACAAAUUAAACAAAGAACCAAAUGAUCGGAAUAGUAGUUUCUUCAAUAGACGUUCAUUCAUCCAGCUUAUGGAUAAUGCCAGGUGGUUAACAUCACCGAAACAAUCGAUCGAUACAAAUAAAAAUCGACAGAUAUCUAAAGCAUCCGUACGAUUGACCAGGGAAGAACUGCCUGCUAAUUGUCUAUGAUUUAUUAUUCAAGUUGAGUGUUAUCUAUUUGUCUGAUUGUGUGAAAAUAAAAAAGUAUGGAAUAUAAUAUAUAUAACAGCUUCAUUUUGAUGGCAUUU